UGCCAUUCAGAGCGAGUUUAACAUGACUUCGUUUACAAAGGGUGAGGAGGAGCGCCAUGACAAUCACCAAAGCAAGGCAUACGAGAAUCUACAACACAAUCAGCAAAGAAGAAUGCAGCUCCAGAAUGAUCUUCAAUCACAGCAGCGAAAUCAUCGCCUGAGCAGGGCAGCCUGGCUGCAGGACCGCUGGUUGGAGAUCAGUGAGCAGGAGCGCAGGGCUCAGAUCAAGAACCAAAAGCUGCUGCAGGACUUUCAGAGAGCACAAGACACGCUCAAUGACAUGGUGGCCCGCACCGAAGCCAUGAACACUAUACGGGUUCAGUAUAAACAGUAUCUGGAAGAGAACUUCCCACGAUGGCAGCAAAGACUCAAAGACAUAAGAGUUUCUGAAAAGUCAAAGCACUUAAAGAGCUAUAUUCAGAAGAUGGAAGAGGAAGAAGGUAUCAAGUAUGAACACAGCUCUGACUUUAGAGCCCACCUUCUGUCCUCCAAUUUUCCAGAUGCAUCUCAGCCUUCUCACACCAUGCUAAACACUCAUCAGAGAGUGCAAGACAUCAAGCAAAAUCCUGAAAGAUGCAACCAUCAACCUUACAUUCCACCCACUUGGUUAACUGGCUCAGAGCCUUCUAUUUCCGGACUCCCCCAAAACAAUAUCGCAAAGGAUUACAAAAACCUUCAGAACACUCAAGCCUUAAAUCAUCCCUUGCCACCUUACUAUUCUUUACCUGGCGAUUUAGUCCAUCAGUCACAUUCUCCAGUCCAGCAAAAGCCACCAUCAAUGGACCAUCUGUGGGCUGGUAUAAGGCAAGGGUUUAUGCCUACAGCUCACUUCACUCCUCCUGCUGCUUCCUGGCCACGACUCCGUGUGCUGAACCCCAUGACGUGGGGUGUGAUGGAUGUACCAGACCCCAGUGAGGAAAGAAUCCAAUGCAGUGAGCCAGACAAGAUAAAGGUGAUAAAAGCAAAACCAAAACACAGGAGGAAAGGGAAAGAGAGUGACCGGUCUUCUGAGCUCGACUGUAGACCAGUGCGUCUAUCAAUCAACCAUGAAGAAAGUAGUGAAGGUAGCGCUGUGUCCUCUAAAGUCACAGUUUCUGGGAUGCAAAAACGGAGAAAGAAAAAAACAGAUGGGACAAAAUCAAACUCUACAGAAAAUAGGAACGAAUCUCACGGCUCUUCCACUAUGUCACAAGAUGCUUCAGAUAGUAACUCGGGCACAAAAAUGAACAAAAAACAUCAAAAGCAGUUUAAUAAGUGUAACAGCAAUGAAUCCGUUUUCACAGAGAAGACUGUUGAUGCAGUGAUGCAAGAUGAAAGCGAACAAGAAGAAAGCAAGAGCCAAGACAUUUCUCAGAGUAGUGUCAGCUCUGAUAAGAAAGAUGGAUCUGAAGGACUCAACAUUAGACAGGAAGAAGAUUCUAAUGAAGGAGAUGAUGACAGUCAUGACAUCAUUGCGGCAGAGGAGAAAAUAAGUCACAGAGAAGAUAAAGAUGAGGAAGAGGAUGAGGAAAGCACAGAUGGAGAUGAGGAAGCAGGAUUUGAUGAUGAAGCACAGGGAGGUGAUGAAGAAGUGAUGGGAAAGAGAGAUGGGACUGAACCCAGUAAUAGAGAAGAGCCAGAAAGGGAAGGAGAUGUUCCAGAUUACAUUCCAGAUAUGGGAGAAACAACGGAGGAAGAGGAGAGAGACAAUAGUUUUCAAAAUACAAAGGAGGCUAGAAAGACUCAAGAAACUGUAGAAGAUGAGAGAGAAAUCCACAAAAGCCUUGAGGAGUCUGAAGAGGAAGAGGUUUACAAUCAAGAAACAGAAGAUGAUGAAGAGGAAGAUGAUGAGGUUGUGGUUGAGAAAGCAUACGCCUGGUCAAGAGACCCUUUUGAUGAUCAUACAAAAUGCCCUGAGGAUGAUGAGGAUGAUAUUGAAGGUCUUCUCAACCCUGUCAAAUCCCAAACACAGCAGGAGGAUGAUAUGAAGGAGACAGACCAAUCAAAUGAUCAACCCUCUGAUUCAGAGAAGGACAAUCUACCACAGAAGAGUCAUCCUGCAGCCACAAAUGAGAUAGUGGAGUCUGAUGAUGGGUUUGACCACUUCUAUGAUUAAACCAGAGACUAGAACAUAAAGAUGGGAAACAGAAAAAGAACAGAACAGAAAGAGAACACCAACAAUGGAUGAAUACGCUGGACAGAAGCUGAGCAAGGUGCACACCCUAAACAGCAGCUCAGACCGGCCAGAGAGCCACAAGGCCGAGCAAUGAAUAGAGGAAUCACAUUACAAAGGGAUGAAAGAGGAAAGAAAGGGAUAAAUAGAUGCUGGGUGUCCCUCAUCUUUUUUUGUUAUUUGCUGGUAGCUUAUCUGACUGUCCUGAAAGAACCGCACCACUGUCACUCUGCAAACACAGGUGGAUCCAGAAAUGAAGAGAGAAUAAUAGAGGAGAUGAAUAGUGGAUGACGUUAAACGAGAGAAGACAAGUUAUAGAUUUUAUUCUAAGCGCAUAGCUGGAAUGCUAUCACUUUUCUAAAACAGAAAAGUGUUUCUUUAAUCUAAAUCAAUGUUUUAUUUAUGACCUAUAGGGAAUCGAAGUGUUUGCCCUGAGUUCUUUGGAAUUAAUUGAAAUGUAGCAAGAGUUUGAACGCUUUCUCAUUCAGAUAGGGAGCGUGGCCUGAAGCGAGGGGGAUGAGUGUGGGUUCGGGGGAAGUGGGAAGGAGUACAGGCCUGUCACUGCCUCUGACUGAUGGCUAUUUGAACAGGCAUAUUUACCCGAGCCCUUGUGAAAGGAGACGGAGGGACACUAACGGAGACGUGCAGGCACAGACAGGCAAUAAAAAGCUGGCCACUGUGUAAACAACAUGGCCUAGGCUGUUCGGCCGCUGCCAUGCCAACAGGGCAGCUUCCACUCUGCAGCCAAUCACAUGCCAGCUUUUUGACAAGCGGAACAAACCCCCCAUUAGAUG